GUGUACUUGCAGGAACACAGUGUAUUAAAUUACCUAAGCAACCAUGCUGGCUGCAAGGCUAGUAUGCCUGAGGGCAUUAUCAUGCCAGACUGUCCGCCCCACCAUUACUCAGGCUUCCCCAGCUUUGAGGAACUCCAAUAUAAAAGCAUACAGGCUGUGGCAGCCUAACCAGUGUUACGCCACCAGAGUAAGAACGGGUGUAAGGCGUGGAAAAAUUGGCCAGGAAAUUAAAGAAGCAGCAUUUGAGCCAUCUGCAGAAACAGCACUUAAAGCUGAUCGCCUGGGGAAAUUUAUUGUUGCUGGAGGGGCUGCUGUUGGCCUGGGGGCCCUCUGUUACUAUGGAAUGGGCAUGUCCAGUGAGAUUGGAGCUAUUGAAAGAGCUGUUAUUUGGCCACAGUAUGUGAAAGACAGAAUCCAGUCUACUUACAUGUACUUUGCGGGAAGCAUUGGCUUGACGGCACUGUCUGCUGUAGCAGUAAGCAGAUCUCCGGCACUCAUGAGCCUUAUGACAAGAGGCUCCUGGCUGGCAAUAGGUGCAACUUUUGCAGCUAUGAUUGGUGCUGGAAUGUUGGUCAGGUCCAUAUCCUAUGAAAAUAGUCCAGGAGCUAAACAUUUGGCUUGGAUGAUGCAUUCAGGUGUCAUGGGUGCAGUGGUGGCUCCUCUAACCUUCUUGGGUGGUCCUUUGCUGAUCAGAGCUGCCUGGUAUACCGCUGGAAUUGUCGGAGGGCUCUCAACUGUGGCCAUGUGUGCCCCGAGUGAAAAAUUUCUGAACAUGGGAGGACCACUUGGAAUAGGCUUAGGCUUUGUUCUUGCCUCUUCAAUUGGAUCAAUGUUCUUGCCUCCUACUUCUGCUUUCGGUGCUGGCUUGUAUUCGGUAGCUGUUUAUGGUGGAUUGGUACUCUUUGGCAUGUUCCUGCUCUACGAUACGCAGCAUGUUAUCAAGCGUGCAGAAACUACUCCAUAUUAUGGAGUAACAAAAUAUGAUCCAAUCAAUGCGUGCAUGGGUAUCUACACAGACACACUGAACAUCUUCAUUCGGGUGGCCACCAUGCUUGCGGGUGGUGGAGGUGGCAGGAGAAAGUAAACUGAGACUCCUCUUUGCAGCUGUCUGACAGCCUACCUAGUGCACAUACUAAAUAAAAAUUCAUGGUUACAAGCAGUUUUGCUGCAAGUCAGAAGUUUAAAGCAUUUCAUGAUACUGUUUCAGUGCAAUGUGAUUCAGACUUAAUAGUUUUUCUUCAAACACUUUCCAGCUCUGUGUUUAAAAUAGUGUGAACUGCUUCUAAUUGUACAUUAUUUUGGGGAAGUAAAUUAUUUUUAAUAUAUGA